UGGUGGUCAUCAACACAGAUUGAAAGUUUUUCUCUCACUAAAAGCAAGAUUCCACUUAUUUGUAGCCAAUUUCGAUAUUUUAAAACACAAUGAAUCAAUCUUUUAGUGAAGGAGAAUGUAUAGAAACCAAAGGAAGCAAAGAUAAUCCAAAUUUAGGUGGUGAAAAUGCACCAGUUGUUGACAGUCUUGGUUUGACUGAUGACACCUCGUCCAGUUUAGAUGCCGUACAAAAUGUACAGGGGGCGGGGGAUCUGCAGCAAGUGACAGAUUCCUUACCCGAUGGUGAAAUUAAUGGUGCUGUUGCAUCUGACGGAGGAUCCGUGGCUGCUGUGCCAACUGAGCAGGAUAUGGAUAAUGGCAAUCUUCCAGACGACCUUCCUGAAGAUUGUCAAAGUAUUCCAGACCAUGUAGUGAUUGCCAAUAAUUUGGAGAUAGAGAUUAAAACGCCACCUGAAGGCACUAUCGAGAAUGAAAUAUAUUCGAUAGUGAAAGAAGAACUCAGUGGGCUCGAUGAUGUUGCCGCUGAUAUUCCCUUUGCUGAUGAUGCUGUCCCAGAAGUAGAAAAAUCUCCAAAACAAAUUAUUGGGUCAUCUGAUGUGAAAGCCGUUUGGGAGGCUAGUUCCAGUUCACCUAGUGUUGGUUCCGGUGAUGCUGCUGGAGGCCUGGCACUACCAGUGCCUGGUUGUAGCACAAGCGGCGAGGUAGCCCCGAGUUCGAGUUCUGCUUCAGUUUCAACUGAUGGGAGUGGAUGUAAAAAGCGUGAUGAUUCUCCUCAGAGCGUUUAUCAUAUUAAAUGGAUCAUAUUUAAAGAGAAGAAAGUUCCUAUAGUUACCCAAAAUGAGAAUGGUCCCUGUCCUCUGUUGGCAAUUGUGAACUAUUUACUCUUGAAGGAGAAAAUCAAACUGCCGAUAUUAAUGGAGAUUAUAACGGCUGAUCAGUUGAUGGAAUAUCUUGGAGAUUGUGUGUUUGAUCAAGUGCCAAAGAAUGCGUCGGAAGAUGCUCAACUCAACAUAGAACAAAAUGUUCAUGAUGCUAUGUCAGUUAUCCACAAGCUUCAGACAGGUCUGGAUGUCAAUGUCAAGUUUACUGGUGUUGCAGAUUUUGAAUACACCUCGGAGUGUAUCAUCUUUGACAUUCUUGGAUUACCAAUGUACCAUGGCUGGUUAGUAGACCCACAGUCUCCCGAGGCGCAGGCUGCUGUCGGACACUACAGUUACAAUCAACUUGUAGAAAAAAUUAUAACCCAGAAGUCGUCUGAAAAGCCAGAGUUAGUUACUGAAGCUUUAAUAGCAGAGAAUUUCCUAGAGAGGACUGCGUCUCAACUCACGUACCAUGGCUUGUGUGAACUCUGUAUCAGCAUAAAGGAAGAAGAACUAGCAGUGCUAUUUAGGAACAAUCAUUUUAGUACUAUUUAUAAACAUAAGAAUGAACUAUUUUUGCUGGUAACCGACCAGGGCUUCCUCACUGAGAAUAAUGUCGUCUGGGAGACGCUAUCAAACGUAGAAGGAGAUUGCAACUUUGUUGAUGCUGAUUUUCGGACAUAUCGCAAACCCGAGGUCUCUACCCACACCAUUCCUCCGCCCCAAGUGCAAGCCGGCUCUGAACAACAAGUUGACCAAGACUUCUUGGUUGCCUUAUCCCUCCAACAAGAGCAACAGAAUCACCAAGACCAGGCCAUCGCCCUGGAGAAGUCAGCAGAACAGGCUGUGGUUCCUCAGUCCCCUCACCAAGUACAAUCAGACCUUGAACUUGCUCUCCAACUCCAAGAAGAAGAACAUCGCCAAGCUGCACGGGCGCAGGCGCAGGCCCAGCAGCAGCGGGCAAAUCAGCAACAUUUAUCGCAAAUGCACCAAGAAGAGGUACAACGACAGCAACAACGACAGCAACAGGAAGGUCGUCGGAAAAGUGGGGAUGUAAGUAGCAACAUGUGUUCAAUCUUAUAGAAGAUGAAGAGGAAGAAGAGUAGUCAGUUGAAUACGAAAUCAGGGAUCAAACGAUGUGGUGACUGAAGAGAGGGCACAUCAGUUGAGAGAAAGCACAUCUAGCAGUUUCUAUCAGCACUGGACUGAAAAUGAAUUACACCAAGGUGUUAAGGUUAAAUCAAAUGCACCACAACGGGACAUCUAAUUGUGAAAUGUUUGAGUGCACCGAGGUGUGUUAUUAGAAGGACUACAUAGUUUGAAAGUUUAAGGAUAUUUAGUGUCAUCAUCAACAUGUGAUCAUUGUGAUGUCAAAGUUUAAAGACAUUAGCUGUGGAAUAUGAGACAUCAGGGUGAGAAGGUUAGAAAUCAUCUUUUGGUGAAAGUUAAGCACUGCGCUCACAAGUGAUUUUUGCCACUAGGACCUGAGACAUGUCCAUAACAGCAUUGUGGUUGGAAUGUGGCUGCAGAUUAGUUGAGUUGCAAAAAUAAAGAAGAUUUAUGAAGAAAAGGUGAUACCAUUUUUUUCGACCGCCUCCAUAGAUAAGAAGCGUUCUCUUUUUCACUUCAAAGUAAUUCAAUUAUGCUCCCUUAGUGCAUGUUUAUAGAUCUUCAACAAGGAUCACUAUCACAUUGCAUUAUGGCCAACAUAACUGACUACCAAAAGGUGCACACAAUUGUACAGUACAUUUUCAAAUCGAAAUUUUUAUAGUUUUGACUGUAGACUUGAGUCUUUGUGCAAUAGAAUCUAUAUUUAUAUAUAUGUGUACUUGUAAAUACGAGUGUAUUGGAUUGAACAUAUAUGACGUUGAUGUUGUUUAGAAUAUAUUGAGAGGGAAUUUGAGCACAUAAUAAUUAGUUUGGUUCCCAAGUGUGUGUAUCUGAUUCUUCCUCAUUUUUAGCUCACCUCUUAGCAGAGGUGAGCUUAUCCCAUACCGUGGCGUCCGUCGUCCGUCGUCGUCGUCGUCGUCGUCGUCGUCGUCGUCGUCGUCGUCGUCGUCGUCGUCGUCCGUCGUCCGUUAGCAGGGCACGUUUCGUAACUGUUAGAGCUAUUGAGUUGAAACUUGGUACACAUGUACCCUUAUGUAAUGACACCUUGGAGACCAAGUUUCGGUCCGAUUCGUUCCAUGGUUUGGCCACCAGGGGGCCAAACGUUAAAAGUGAAAAUAUGCAAUAUCUCCCUUAAUAGUAGUCGGGAAAUUUUGAAAAAAAUAUGGUAGGUACUUCUAGCAAAGGUGCAUCAUAUAUCCUCCGGGUUUUUGAUUUGCCCUCCUUUUCAAGGUCACAGAGGUCAAAUAGUGUAAAUUGGCUGUUAGGAUGUAACGAUGGCACGUUUCUAAACUGCAAUGACUAUUGAUACCAAAUUUGGUACACAUUUACCCCUUAGUCAGGUAAUCCCAGGGACCGAAGUUUGGUCCAAUAUGAUUCACCACUUGACCACCAGGGGGCAAAAUCCAAAAACCUUAAAAAUGUGAUUAUUCCUUAACUUCUUGCCCGAUUGCCACCAAUUUGAUAUCAUGGGUACAUCUAACCACCAUACAGUAUA